AUGUGUAACGUAGAGAGGAAGAAGAGAGGCUUCACUAAUUUUGAUAGUUGUGGCUUAUGCUCUUCUGUACCUGAAACGAUCUUCCAUGCUUUAAGAGAUUGCCCUUUGGCAAUGCGAUUGUGGAAUCAGCUUGGUGCUGAACAAAUUGAGAAUAAUUUCUUUAAUACCAAUGAUGUGUUUAGGUGGCUGGCCUCUAAUUUACAGAAUAUUGAUGCUCAGAUUAAUGGUGUUUCUUGGGAUAUUGUGUUUGUUGAGACUAAAACGGUUCAGGUGGCAUGGCAGAGAGACUCGCUGCACAAGGAUGGGUUGAAGUAUUUGUCUUUCAUUGCUUGGCAACCAGGUGGCUUAGGAUGGAUAACUGUUAACACAGAUGGUAGUGUGAAUUCUCGUGGUGGAGCUGGCUUAGCAGUUUUACGCUUGCUUUGGGAAAGAGGGUGGAAGAAGAUUGAAUUACAAUCUGAUUAUGCAGCUGCUGUGGCUUUAGUUCAAGGACAAGGUCAAGGAGUUUUCAGAAUUGCUAAUUUAUUAAGGAACAUCAAUAGCCUUUUGCAGUAA